CCAAGUGUCUGGAUAAUAGAUAAUAGAGCCAGCGACCUGCGGGGGUCUUACAAAAACGGCGCUUGGCGAGUGGGAGCAUCGCACAUGAGGAGAGGAGCACACACCACACACAGACAGCGAAGCAAACUGGCCCCUCACAUCCUUCAACCGUCGCGGAAACAGGGGAAAACUGAGAGGACCUCUCAACUUUUACGCACAGACUGACUUUUACGCACAACGACAAGAGCAUAAUUUGACAGAGAAUAGUCUUCAGAAGAAACUUUCUUGGGAUGCAGGAGCCUCUGAGGGAUCUUAUCUGACAGCAGCGGGCCUUUAGUCUACACCGCAUUUAUCGAUAUUACGAAAAUUGACCAGCUUCUAAUCUGAUGGCUCAGAACUUUGGAACAGAUCCGUCAGAUGGAGACUGAUAUGAAGACUGUCAAGUUAGCUCCUUAAAAUAUAACGUUUCAAAUAUAAAUUUAAAGGCUGUUUUAUUUAAGAAUUCAAACUUCAAGAAAACAAUAACUAGUUAUGCCUCGCCCUGGGAAGAACUCUUACAGCGACCAGAAGCCCCCAUACUCCUACAUAUCACUGACAGCGAUGGCUAUCCAGAACUCAUCCGAGAAGAUGCUGCCUUUGAGUGACAUUUAUAAGUUCAUCAUGGACAGGUUUCCCUACUAUCGAGAGAAUACCCAACGGUGGCAGAAUUCCCUGCGACACAACCUCUCCUUUAACGACUGCUUCAUCAAGAUCCCUCGGCGGCCUGAUCAGCCAGGGAAAGGCAGCUUCUGGGCUCUGCACCCGGACUGCGGUGACAUGUUCGAGAACGGCAGCUUCCUGAGGAGACGGAAGCGCUUCAAGGUGCUGCGCGCUGAGCAUAUGGCCUGCAAGAGCUCCUCGAUGAUGCAUUAUUUUCACCAUCACCACCACCACCCGGGCAGCAAGAUGGGCACAGCAUCCAGCCACCAUGACCACUCACCCGGCCCGGCAGGCACCGUGGGUCGGCUCCCUCACUUUCAGGGUUACGGGGGCAUUACUUGCGCGCAGCCCGGCGGGUUUAAACACCCAUUCGCCAUCGAGAACAUUAUAGGACGGGACUACAAGGGCGUGAUGGCCAGCGGGCUCCCCCUCACCUCGGUCAUGCACCACCUGGGUUACCCGGUGCCCCCGCAGCUCAGCAGCGUGGUCAACUCCAUGUGGCCGCACGUCGGGAUGCUGUCUGAGUCCAUGGGUGGCGUGCCCGUGCCCGCAUCAUCCGAGUACGCGCCCUUCAGCAUGUCAGCAAAGGGCCUGUACCACAAUGCCAACGGGCAAACCCUGCCCGCAGUUCCCGUGCCAAUAAAACCCACCCCAUCAUUAGGACCGAUGCCCGGUUUGACGGGGCUGCAGUCCGGCCCGGCCCAGCUCUGCUCACCAGCCUCAGUGAUGGAGAAAAGCGAUCUGCUGGAGGGGAAAGGCAACCCUCUACACCCGGCUCUCCUGCUGUCCUAACCGGGUAAAUUGCGGGUCAUUUUUGAAAAGUAACGCCAACAGGAAGGACAUUGUGAUUGAAUAGGCCUAUCAGUAACAUCAUAGUUUAAGUUAAGUGCAGCUGUAGGAGAGUUGUAAAAAUUAAGGUUAACAUUGUACCGUGUAAUGAAUUUUCCAUUAGACCCAUGUUGAUUGAAAUCAUAAUUUAUUUGCACAAUUUGUGAGGGCAUUUACCACAUACUGUAAUGUGGCACUGAUAAAUACAAUCAGACAAGUAUACGCUAAACCCAAAGAAAGCUUUGAUUUAGGAGACAAACAAUUCCAAAAGCAAACCAACAACUCUGUUUAUAUUUUUUGCUCUUAUUCUAUUUAUUUUAUUUUAAUAUAUGAAAGGCCUAUCGGCUAAAGACAAUUAGGCCUGUUGCACUUUUUUGUGUGUUACCUAGCGGUGCAUUGAAAAUGUUAUGCUUGUAUUAUAACACUAUUUAUCUGAGGAUAUUUAUAAAGAAUUUAA